AUGGUCUCAGCUCAGCCGCCUCCUUCCCUAAGAUCACUGCCCGGCAGAGAUGUGUCCAGUUCUAGCAUCGGCAGUAUGCCUCAGUCACCCUCGACCACAUCAUCGAUGAGGGCACUGAAUCCUCUUUCAUCCAAGGUGGCAACCGUUCUUUCAACAUCAUACGCCGAUUCCGAAUUCCGGGACGCAUUGCAACUUCUCGACAACCGGAACCUCAAGAACACCCCCGAGACACGCCGUCAGCUACGACUAGACUUGCAGAAGGAGGUGAUUGACAGCAAUGGAGAGAUUGUCUUCCAAUUUGGCCGAGUUGCCGAUCAAUUGCGCCGCAUAGGGGCUACCCUGGACAAGCUGAAUAACAACUAUCAAGAUGUGAGGAGUCGAAUCACUGCAGCCCAACAGGAGACGGAACCUAUCUUGGAAGAGGCUUCAUCCCUGUUGAAACAGCGAGCAGACGUGGAAUCUAAACAGCAACUUCUCAAGGCGUUACGCAGCCACUUUAUCCUCUCUGAUGACGAGGUUGCCUCUUUGACAUCGACCGCCGAGCCUGUUGACGACAAAUUCUUCACGGCUCUUUACAAGGCAAAACGAGUAAGUCAGGACUGCGAGAUCCUACUCGGAUUCGAGAAGCAGACGCUAGGCCUACAACUCAUGGAGCAGACGUCCAAGAAUAUCGGCCUUGCAUUCCAAAAGUUGUAUAAAUGGGUUCAACGCGAGUUCAGAACACUGAAUCUUGAGAACCCUCAGAUGAACUCAUCUAUUCGCCGCGCCAUUAGAGUCUUAGCAGAACGGCCUUCGCUCUUCCAAAAUUGCCUAGAUUUUUUUGCGGAAGCUCGAGAACGCAUCUUGUCCGACGCUUUUCACGUUGCCUUGACUGGCACAACGACCGCGGGUCUAGAAGAUCACUUGGUCAAACCGAUUGAGAUGGCCGCCCACGAUCCGCUUCGUUAUGUGGGUGACAUGCUCGCCUGGAUACAUUCGGCCACUGUCAGUGAAAGAGAGGCUCUAGAAAUCCUUUUCGUAUCGGAAGGCGAUGAAAUUGCCAAGGGACUUCAGAUGGGCCGGGCGAAUGAGCUGUGGCAACUUUUGGGCGAAGGUGACGCUGAUACAGCACCCGAUUUUGAUGCUCUCAAAGCGCUUAACGACCUCGUAGACCGAGAUGUCUCGGGGGCAACGAGAAUCUUGCGGCAGAGGGUUGAGCAGGUUAUUCAGUCCAACGAAGAGACCAUCCUCGCCUACAAGUUGGCAAACAUCCUUGGCUUCUAUCGAUACACGUUUGCCAAGCUUUUGGGUAACGAGUGCGGGUUAUUGGAACUUAUGACGGGGCUCGAGACAGGCGCCUUGAGGCAGUUCCGAUCGCUCAUGAGGGAUCAUAUUGCAACGCUACAAGGCGAUUUUCAGCAGACGCCUUCGGAUCUUGUCCCUCCAGACUUCUUGCUUGAAGCGUUGAAGCAGCUGAAGGCGGUCAUGAAGACAUAUGAGAUUUCGCUGGCAGCAUCAUCGGACCGCGAGACCGACUUCCAACCAAUUCUUGCAGAGGCUUUUGAGCCCUUCCUGGUGGGCUGCGAGAAUAUGGCCAAGGGUGUGAGACAACCGGCUGGUGCCAUCUUCAUAACCAAUUGCUUGCUUGCAGCAAAGCAUACGCUAGAGCCCUUCGACUUCACGAAUAGGAGAACACAACGGCUGCAAGAGAGAAUUGUAGAAGAGAGCGAAAAGCUCACUGAAGAGCAGUACCAAUUCUUCCGACGCGGUUCGGGGCUAGGGCAGAUUCUCGGAUCUUUGAGCAAUCUUACGACAGAAACCAGCGAUGUGAAGAAAGUAGCAUCGCUUGAGGAAAUACAGCCCCCAGUCUUGAGUCAAGCGAGCCAGGCUCUUGACGACUUCUUACCGUCGGCGCUGAUGGACGCUAUGGAGAAUGUGAAGCGCCUGCAAGACUCAAGUCUAGCGCGAGAGCUCACGGAGAAGGCUGCGGAGAGAUUCUGCGACGAGUUUGAGCAUAUCGAGCAGUUAUUGCUCUUGGCGGACGAGCUGUCGUCCGGUCACUGUACCUCGGGCGCCGAGGGUGACGAGUUCCAGUCCCUGCGAGACUUGUUUCCCAGGACGACGGGGGAGAUCAGGGUCCUCUUGUCGUAA